AUGAAGCCCGGACUUCAAGCCGCACCGGAGGGCAAGAAGGUGUGGACGACAUUGAUCACCAAUACCGAUUACCUUUCCGGCCUUCUUACACUAGAAUAUUCUUUAAAACGGGUGGGAUCAAAGUACCCCUUAAUCGCACUCUACACAGAUACUUUCCCACCCGAGGGUCAUGCUGCGCUAGAUGCAAGGGGUAUCCCCAGGCGCCAUAUUCCCUACCUCCUCCCGUCUGUUCAUAAAGAUUAUAGUAAUGACACCCGCUUCUAUGAUUGCUGGAGCAAACUCACGCCCUUUUCGCUUAUUGAAUACGACCGCGUUGUUCAGCUAGACAGCGAUAUGCUCGUAUUGCGAAACAUGGAUGAGUUGAUGGAUCUAGAGCUAGAUGACCCUACCCUCGGAGGCAGUGGUCCUCGAGUUUUUGCAGCGAGCCAUGCAUGUGUUUGUAAUCCGCUGAACAAAUCGCAUUACCCCAAGGAAUGGAGCCCCGCCAACUGCGCAUUCACCAGCCAGCAUGGCAACCCUGAUAAAGCACAAGUAGAAGGAGCAUCGCCCGCUGUGGGCCUCUCCAUCCCCAAUGGCGGCCUUCAGGUUGUUAAUCCAUCGCUCGGAGUGUACAAUCGCAUUCUCGAAUGCCUGCAAAACCCAAGCGCCACGUCACUCUACGAUUUCGCAGACCAGUCUCUCCUUGCCGACCUCUUUCCUGGUCGUUGGGUCGCUAUUCCAUAUAUAUAUAAUGCCUUAAAAACACUUCGGUGGGACGGCGUGCAUGAUGUUAUAUGGAAAGAUGAUCAAGUUAAAAACGUGCACUAUAUCUUCAGUCCAAAGCCAUGGGAUGAAAAAUGGCGAAAAGAGCCAGCAAAUGGUGAACAGUUCACAAAAGCCCCCAAGGCAAGAGUAGACGAGACUCAUGACUGGUGGUGGAAAAUUAAUUUUGAACGGCUUGUCGAAGAAAAGCGUUUAGGCAUUCCGAAAGAUGGGUUCUAG